AUGAAAAGGAAUCGUGAUGAAGACGAAGUAGAUGAGCCCCCAUUGAAGCUGCGCCGGGCUCCCGCAGACGACAGACUUUCGAGACUGAGUGACGAGCUUCUCGUGCGCAUACUUUCCUUCGUCUCUGUUCCGACGUUGUUGGUUUGCCAAAGAGUAUCUCGAAAAUUUGGACGACUGUCCAUCGAUGCGGAAAUAUGGAAGGCUGCGUACUACAAACAAUUUGUGCUUCCUAAAGCUUCACGUAUACCCGGGAUCAAGGAGAGCGCAUACUCGAGUCACCUCCACUACUCCUCGAAAUUGUCCAAAUGGCUAGAUGAUUCUGACCUCGUGAAGAGGGGGCCACACACAGAUUGGAAGCAGCAGUAUCGGUUGAGACAUAACUGGUCGCGAGGAAAAUGCGCUGUCAGCGAAAUUGUAAUCGCAGAACGACCUGCGGACCCUCCACUGCUAGUCAUGAUGCAUAAUGGCAUCGUGUACACGGCGGAUUCUGUGCAUGGGCUACGAGCCUGGGACUCAAAGAAUGAGAGGGGCCUGAUUGCCUCAACUCUAUUGACAGUCGAUGGGACCGAAAUUCCACAGCUGCCUACAUCGAUGGCAGUUGAUCUCCAAGAAGAUGACUCGGGCUCUCAGCAACGGGUAGUAGUAGGCUUUGAGGAUGGCUCUUUCACGGUUUUCCUUCUGAACUCGGAAGAUCAAUCAUGGUCGACGCUAUUCUCUCAUCCCCCCUCAUCGAACGGCAUGCUCUCUGCACUUGCUUCCUCAUUUCCUUAUCUGCUGACCAUGACCGAGGAUCAUCUCUUGUCUCUCUAUGCCUUCCCCAAGAGCGAUUCGGGUAGAGGUUUAGAAUCGCCAGAGCUUCUCUAUUCAUUGAGAUCUCAUACGGCGUGGCCGCCCGUGUCGUUAUCACUCCGAGCAAGUGGCAAUGGAAUCACAGCAGCAGUUGCAUUUUCGCUUCCGACAUAUCUCUCUGGCUGGACUGUUGGAAUCCAGGAAAUGCGGCUUUCUCACGAGGGACAGCUUUUAGAAUCUCGUUUAAGCACUGCGACGGAUGGACUCUCUCGCACACUUACAGGGCAACGAUCGGCAUCAAAUCCAUCUACACGCUCAUCAUCGCCUUUCUCAGGACGUUUACGGGAGCCGUCGGUAUCACACAUUCCCAGCAGUUCCAAACCAACUUCAAUGUCUUAUUCACACCCAUAUCUCCUCGCUUCGCAUCCAGACAAUACCCUUACAUUGUAUCUGGUUCGAUCAACCGACACAUCACUUAACAUCAGCUCUGGGAACCGACUGUGGGGCCAUACUUCCUCGGUGUCUGGCGCGCACGUCGGUAUGCGCGGGAAAGCCGUAUCCGUCAGCCGCUUGGGGAAUGAACUCCGUGUAUGGGAUUUAGAGGGAGGCAUGCCGUCUUCAGCGACUAGGAGACGGGCCAUGAUCGGCGAUUUGAGCGUCAGAGUUCAGCCAGCGAAAUCACCUGAAGGUUGUCACGAUGUUACAGUAGUUGAUACUGAACAGCGUUCCGGCCUGCGUUCUGCUUUGGAUCAAGGGUUCGAUGAUUCCACUGUUAGCCGAGGCUGGGUGGGAUUCGAUGAGCAAAAUGUCAUCGUUCUUAGGGAGAAAAGUGAGGGCAGCCAAGCCCUAGCAGUGUAUGAUUUUACUUGA